GUCAGAGCUCGUCCCUAAAACCAACUGAUCUCGGACCAGUCUGUCAUGUAAAUCCCGGCGCAAUCCAGCACCCUGAUUGGUCGAACGAACGUCACGAGACGCGACACGGUAGAACUGCUGCACUGCUGAGCUCGUGCCGUCUGCGCUCCAGGUAAAAUGAGUGAGUCUUUAGUUGUGUGUGAGGUGGACGAAGAUCUUGUGAAAAAGUUGAGGGAUUUCCGCUUCAGGAAGGAAACCAACAAUGCUGCCAUUAUCAUGAAGAUUGAUAAAGACAAACAGCUGGUCAUUCUGGAUGAGGAGCAUGAGGAUAUCUCUCCUGAAGACCUGAAGAAUGAGCUACCUGAACGACAGCCCAGAUUUCUAGUGUACAGCUAUAAGUACGAACACGAUGAUGGGAGAGUUUCUUACCCCCUGUGUUUCAUCUUCUCCAGUCCUGUUGGAUGUAAACCUGAGCAGCAGAUGAUGUAUGCUGGAAGCAAGAACAAACUAGUGCAGACGGUUGAGUUGACCAAGGUGUUUGAGAUCAGAAACACGGAGGAUCUGACCGAGGAAUGGCUUCGAGAGAAACUAGGCUUCUUCCGUUAAGAAGGUGCUGAAUGAGCUUAGAUGUUUAGAGUGACCUAAACGAGACCAUCACCUCCAACAGGAGAGAUACCAUAGUCCAUCUGAUACUGUCUGUUUGUGUAUGUUUGAAUGCUUCUGCCCAAAUUCUAAACCCGUCUGUAAUAAUUAGGAUGACCAUUAUUAAGAUGACAAAAAAUUCAAGGUGUAAAAGAAAAGAUUAUUACAAAUUUUUAAACUGACUAUUGGACAUAGUUUUUUGGAACUAUCCACUCCUCUCCCUGAGCAGUCAAAUAUGUACUGCUGUGCACAGGUGGCCAGUUCCUACUGCCGUCAUAGUUGGGUGACAUUCCUUUAUUUUUAAGCAAUCUGAUGUCCGGCUAUAUUUUAUAAUGACACAGCAAUGGAUUUGAACAUUCAAAUAUAUAUGUAUAAAUAUAAGAAGGGCCAAAUGUUUCUUCCUUAGUAAUUUAGUGUUGUUCCUGUAAUUUGAAGUGUUUUCAUUUUUAUAUGCAUUGAGUGGUGGGAGGUGAGGGGCCUUGUAUGUUGAUAGUUUUGGGAGAGAGGGUUUGAUCACUGACUGUAUUUGGUCUGUUGUCUUAAGUGUCAUUAAUAAUUGUUUUGCCUUUUAAAAUCUAUAGAGACAAAUCAUCACUAAAGUACUAGAAUGUCUCUCCUUGUGCGGUGCAAGUUUUUAAAUGAAUUGUUUUUGAGAAAGAAUAUGUUGGUGACCCUUAAGUCCUCAAGCACAGAUCAGAAAACUCAACAAUGCCACUUUAUUGAAAAUGCAUGUUUAGGUGUACAGCAACAGGGAUGUGUUGUGGUGUAAAUCUG